CCCCCAAAAAGACCAUGCCUAAUGCGCGCCCCCAUCCGCCCCCGCCGUCUCGUCCGCCACCUCCUCACGCUCCUCAGGCACAACCGCCGCCCGCCCCGAUUGCCCGCAGCGACGCAGCCCUUGCGAUUCGCUCGCUCUCCGCCCUGCGCCUCCCAACCAUGACGGAGAACCAACCCCCUGGCCCGUUUCAGGUUUCUUCUUUUUGUUCGCGGCCCUCGACUGCUGCUGGCCAAUCCGAGCCCCGCUGGCGCCCGGUGGCCGCUGCGUUGGCGUUUGUUUGCCAGCACCACUGAUGAUCGUCCGAGUCUCCCGCCCGUCUGCGAGGAACAGGCAAGCGCCCCUGUCGAGCGCAACGGCAAGGCUGCUGGCAGGAAAGUCUCCGAGAAACGCCCAGAUUUGGCCCCCUCGACUGCGACGUACAUAUACGAUGGCACGUACGUACUUCGUAUACCGUACAUACAUGCGAUGCUGCGGCGGCGGAAAACAGCACUUGAUCAAGGCGCCCGCCCCGUCUGUCAGUCCAUUUCAUGGGUCGCAGUCGGGCGCCACGCCUGACGCUCGUCCCUCGUCCAACCCGUGAGCUUCCCGAUGAUGCGCUGCUCGCUCGAGCACAGGCCACGCAACACGACAGACAGGAUGUGGUGGGUGGGUGGCACAACCGCAUGUGAACCCAAAGCCAAAGCAUCCUUGGCAUCCACGUCCAGUUUGCCGGGCCCGUUGGCGCGCGCAAAGGCGAAACGAGCGGACCCGCCUUUGUAUUGCUCGCCCACGACGCCCCUGGAAUUAUAGCGCAGGGCCCGCCAGAUCCAACCAAGCUCCCGUCGGGAAGCGCAACCGGGGUCCUGGGCCGCCAGCGAUCAUCUCUCGAGUGGCCAUGGCGGCCCUUGAUGAGGCUCGCUCUGCCCCUGUGUCACUGCCGGCAAGACAGGCCAGGCCAGGCCGUAUGAUCAACAGCGAGUCCGGCCGGCUGCCAUAAUUGGCAGGCUCCCGGAGAACAACCAACCCCUGGCUUAUGCUUGGCUGUUCCUGGAGCUUGGGCCGAAUCGAGAGACCCUGGCUCUGAUGCAUCCACCUGCCUCCUAUUCUGCCUGCAGCUCACCACACCAUGACACCGUACAUAAGCUCCACCACUCUAUGUGCUCGGCGCCCCCCAAGCAGUUCAGUCUUUCCCCUCCUCUUCAAUCUUCAGCUUUCUCCUUCGUCCCGAUAUAGCCUGGACUGUUUCGUUCUUUCGUCCCUUGUUUGAAAAACCCCCCAUUGUUUCCUUCCCUCGCAGCGGAGGCGCGGCUGGUUCUCGUAUUCACGGCACUGCCUGUUCAUUCACCUUCGUCUCGCCCACGGCCCGCCCCACGGUUCCUUCUCGACUCGUUCACUUGUUGUCGGGGCUCUUUGUACAGUACCGCUUGGUUUCUACCCUUUUAUCUUUCCAUUCAUCUCACUGCAUCACAUGCCGUGAUACGAAAUCCUAUGGGUGUCUAUUGAUCCCAAGCUCUACAUCACGCCGAUCAAGACAUCACCCCAUCGCAGCUCUUUUAGGUUGUUGUAUUGCGGCGCUUAGGCUUGGCAUUGUUUUGCCUCAUAACCUUACCUUUUGUUCUCCUUGUCUUCGGUAUUGUCUACGGCGCUGCGAUUGUCACCGCCAUCGACAACGUACGCCUCGACCGUUACUACCACAACAGCUGCCGGGCAGCACCUUCAACCCUCAACACCAUUUACGCCGAAUACCACCUCCAGUCGCCAGCAUGAUGAAGUUUGUCAAGAGCGGCGCCCCGAUCGUCGCGGCUCUGAGCGGCAUCAUUUCCCCAAAGGACCUCAAUGUCGACAGUCCAACUUCUAUUCGCAACGUUGCAGCAACCGUAGCCCACGAUGCCAUGAGCUAUUACAAGGGCAACGUCACCACUGAUCCCAACUCCGUGGAUAUCGGAGACGUCCCUGACCCGUACUACUGGUGGGUGGCCGGCGCCCUCUGGGGCGCAAUGCUGGACUAUUAUCACUACACCGAGGAUCCCAGCUACAACGACGUCGUGCUGCAAGCCCUGUUGCAUCCCACCAAUCUGGCGCCGACUUUCAACUAUGUUCCCAAGGAACAUGCCAAAGAGGAGGGCAAUGACGAUCUCUUCUUCUGGGGCUCUGCAGUCAUGUCUGCUGCGGAGCGCAACUUCCCGCAACCCGACGCCAAGGCCCCUGCCUGGAUCGACAUUGCUGCCAACGUGUUCAAUUCACUCGUCAGCCGCUGGGAUGCCGGCAACUGCAAUGGCGGGCUGCUGUGGCAGAUCUACGCCGACAACCCCAACGGCAUGACGUACAAGAACUCAAUCAGCAAUGGUGGCCUGUUCCAGCUGGCUGCGCGACUGGCGAGGGCGACAGGCAACCAGACGUAUCUCGACUGGGCGGAAAAGGCUUGGGAUUGGUCUGCCCAAGUAGGCAUCAUCGACCCGACCAGCUACCACAUCUACGACGGCGUCGACAUCAAGACCUCGUGCAAGCAAGUCAACAAGGCCUCCUUCACCUACACGAGCGGCGUCUUCAUCUACGGCGCUGCUGUCAUGGCCAACCAUACGGGCAAGAGUGAGUGGGUAGACCGCACUAGCAAGCUCAUCGACGGCGCCAGUUGGUUCUUCCAGGACAGCGGCAAGUCCAAGAAUGUCAUGUACGAAGCAGCCUGUGAGCCCAACGACAAGUGCAACUACGACAUGAUCACAUUCAAGGGCUACCUGUCGCGGUUCAUGUGGCAGACAUCGGUCAUGCUGCCUUCGCUGCGCAAGAAGAUUGAGGACUACAUGCUGCCGUCCGUCAAGGCCGCUGCCUCCGUCUGCACAGGAGGCAAGACCGGACGCGAGUGUGGGAUGAAGUGGUACACGGGCUCGUUUGACAACAAGGCGGGUCUGGGCCCGCAAAUGUGCGCGCUCGAGGCCAUCCAGGGCUUGCUCAUCCACCAAGCCGAAGCGCCCCUCCAGGGUGACGCCAUCAAGCACGUCCGCGAAGCCAAGUGGAAGCCCAUCGACACCUACAAGACUGAUGUGGCGGAGACGAGCAAGCGCGACGCACCUGAUGCGCCGCGGACGUCGCGCCGCGAUGUCUCCUCACCAACCAAGAAGUCUGACGCCGCCGGCCGGUUCCCCCCGGGCGGCUCGGCCUUGGCGCUGGUCGUACUCGGUCUGGCCACGACGGCUAUGACUUGGGCCAUGGCAUGAUCAUUUCCCCGGCCUGACUCGGAUAUGAGGUGGGAAGGCGUCGUCAAUUUUCAUUGAGUAUAUAAUCCUGUAAAUAUCUCACUAGAAAGCACAGUACAGACGCGCACGAGAAAGGCUUGCGAGAAAAGGGCGUUGGGGAUGGGAAUGGGAAAUUGACAUUGAAGCAAAGACUGGGAACAUGCAUUAGCACAUUCAUCAAGAUGUAAACUGUUCAUAUCUAAUCAUCUAUGGCAUAACCAAAGGCCCCUUUGUGAGCCCCUCGUGCCGGUCAUUGCAAGUCAAUGGGCGGAGACGACCCUCGACCGUAC